AUGUCUUCAGCGCGCCGCGGCAAGGCCGAUGGCCGCCGGCACGCCCCGUCGCUGGUGGGCCGCCUUCUCGCUCUCCCCUGCCUCGCCCUGCUGGCACUUGCCACCCUGGGCGCGCCUGCCUCUGCCUCAGUCGAUAGACCUCACUGCAUCCUCGCCGCCAACGCCACAGCCACCGCCGACUCGGACGGUCACUUCCUCAUCGCAAGGGCAGGUCAAACCACCACCAUCCUCACCUCUCGCGAUGACGCCCCCGCAGUCCACCACGCCGUGGCAAGCUUCGCACGCGACAUCCAGGCAGCCGUACCCGGAUCCCACGUAGAGGCCCGCAACGUCUCGUCGACCUCGGCCUGGAUGCGCACCUCGCAACUCGUCUCGAGGAGCGGCAGCCCAGACAGCGACGACCAGCUCACCAUCGCCGUUGGCAGCCUCGACGCCUCGAGCCUCGCACAGCACCUCACCCGCCAAACCGACUCGCUCCGCUCCGAGGCCGACAAGGUCCAGGGCCAGUGGGAGGCCUGGUCCUCGGGCCUGACCCAGGACCGAUCGACGCUCGUCCUCUUUGGCUCCGACAAGCGCGGCACCGUCUACGCUCUCUACGAGCUCAGCGAGCAGAUGGGCAUCAGUCCGUGGCACUGGUUCGCCGACGUACCGCCCAACGCCGCCCACGACGCCCUCUACUACCCAUCCUCGUCCGACCCGGCCUCACCCUCGCGAUGCAGCCAGCCGCCACCGCACGUCAAGUAUCGCGGCAUUUUCCUCAACGACGAGGAGCCCGCUCUCACAAACUGGGCUCGCAAGCACUUCCGCGGUCCCUUCCCGCCCAGCGAUAACCCCAACGCCUUCAACGACCAGAUGUACGCCCACGUGUUUGAGCUCCUGCUCCGGCUCAGGGCAAACUACCUCUGGCCCGCCAUGUGGCACGACACCUUCGCCGUCGCGGGACUCGACAAGCUGCCCGGCGGUGGCAAGAACGGCACCGGCGCCGCGGGACCCAAUCUGAUGCUCGCCAACAACAUGGGCAUCGUCAUGGGCACGUCGCACCAGGAACCCAUGGCCCGCAACACACCCGAGUGGACCACCUGGGGCGCUGGCCAGUGGGACUUUGACGUCAACGCCGACAACCUCACCGACUUCUGGCGAUACGGCGCCCAGCGCUCCGACGGCCUCGACACCGUCUACACGGUCGGCAUGCGAGGCAACGGCGACAUUGGCCUCGAAGGCGCCAGCGUCGCCCUGCUCGAGAAGAUCGUCGGCGUCCAGCGAGGCCUCCUCCCCGCCAACGCGUCGCAGCUGUGGUGCAUGUACAAGGAGGUGCAGGGCUGGUACGACAAGGGCCUCGCCGUCCCGGACGACGUUAUCCUCCUGUGGACCGACGACAACUGGGGCCAGAUCCGCCGCAUCCCCGACGACGUCGAGAAGAGCCGCAAAGGCGGUUCCGGUACGUAUUACCACGCCGACUACGUGGGUUCGCCUCGCUCCUAUAAGUGGCAAAAUACGAACAACCUAAUGAACGUCUGGGAGCAGCUCAACGUCGCCUUCAAAAACCAGCAAACGGAGCUGUUCAUCCUCAACGUCGGUGACCUAAAACCCAUGGAGGUGCCGAUUUCUUUCAUGAUGGAGAUGGCGUACCGGCCGUCGCGUCUGGCUGCGCCGCAGGCGGUGAUGGCGUGGGUGGAACGGUGGUGCGCAAGGACGUUUGCGACCGACGAGGGGGGCGAGGUUGCCAAGAAGCUGGCUGAGGUCGUGUACGGCUACUCGGAGCUCAACGCGCGCAUCAAGCCGGAGCUGGUGAACGCGACGACCUGGAGCCUGCUGCGGCAUCGCGAGGCGGAGCGCGUGCUCGAGUCGUGGCGAGGGCUGGUCAAGCUGGUCGAAGAGGAUCUGGCGCCGCGCUUCGAGGGGACGCGUCACUGGUCGGCCUUCUACCAGCUGGUCGCCUUCCCUACGCUCGCCUCGGCCAACCUCAACGAGCUGUACGUCGCCGUGGGCCGCAACAGCCUCCGCUCUUCGCAGUCGAGCAAUGUCGCCAACCGACACGCCGCCGAGGCGCAGCGACGCUUCGCGCACGAUGCCGAGCUUACGCGUCGCUACCAUGCCCUCGAGGACGGCAAGUGGGACCACAUGAUGUCGCAAACGCACAUCAACUACGCCUACUGGCAGCAGCCGAUGCGCAACUCGCUGCCUCCGCUCAGCUUUAUGCACAUCGACACGGAAGAGUUCCCCGACACCUCGGCGCAGUCCAACCUGCGAGUCACCAUCGACGGCAGCGCAGGCGCGUGGCCCGGCGACAACGAGCACAACUGCGCCAUCGGCUACAACUGUCCUGACCCGACGCUGCCGAAGCUCAGCCGGUACGACGUCGACCAGAACCGGUCCCUGUACAUUUCGGGCGCCGACGGCAGCGAGGUCCGCUUCCGCGCCGCCAGCAACGCGACCUGGCUGCGCCUGUCACAGAGCGAAGGCUGGCUGGCGCGAGGCUCGGACGACGAGAUCGAGGCGUCGCUUUCGGUCGACUGGGCCGAGGUCGGGCGGAUGGAGUCGCAGUGGGGCUGCAACGCCACCAACGCGUUCGACCGCAGCGUGACGGGCGUCGUCAGCGUCAACGCGACGGGCGAGGGCGCGACGGGACACGUGGGCAUCCCGGCGCCGGCCCCGGUCAAGGUGCAGAUGGUCAUCUUCCCCUGCCCCGCGCCUUCGGGGCUCGCAGAGGGCACCUACCUCCCCUCAUCGCCGGGCGCCGAGGACAAGGCGGGCUGGCUCAGCAUGCCGGCGUCGGAAGCCAAGAGGAUGCCGGCAUCAUCGGGCGAGGGAGACUGGGUGCACCUGCCGCGCUCUGGUCUGACGGGAUCGAGCAUGACGCUGCUCCCCGCCACGCUGCCUUCGCUGUCGAUCGACAACGGCACCGCGCCCUCGCUCGAGUGGACGUUCCACCUGCCGCCGUCGAUGACGUCUUCGUCUGGCAACGGCACGGCACGACAGGUCAAUGUAACGACCUACCUGGCUCCGACGCUCAACUACCGCCGCAACCGACCGCUCAAGUACGUCCUCGAGAUGGACGGCGACGCCGCCAGCCGAAGAGAGGUGCGGCCCGUGGCAGACGACACGGUGCCCGGUGGCGCGCCGCCCGACUGGAACGCCGUGACGGCUGCGGGCGUGCGCACCAACACGACGACGCUCGACGUCGGUUCGGCCAACAAGCACGGCGACGUGCACGCGCUACGCAUGUACGGCCUGGAGCCGGGCCUGGUGGUGCAGAAGGUGGUGAUUGGGCUGCCGAUGGGCGACGUCUCUGCCAUGGGCCCGCCCGAGUCGCCCCGCGUUGGCGCUGCAUAG